CAGGUCACCGGCAAUGGAGAGUGUGAUUAAUGAUCAGUGAUUUAGUGAUCAGUGAUUAGUGGUUUUAUUCAAACUGUUACCUCUGACCAGAAGCACACAUCAGAGGAUUAACAGGCUCUUUAGAUAAAUGCUCAUUAGUGGAAGGGGAAAAGCAAAGAUAAUAGGCAUGCACCCAGGGACAACUUUCGAAGAAAAUCAUUCCCGUCUUCAGAAUAAUAAGCUCUAUUAACGGAAAGCCCCUUUAAUUUAAAACUUGCUUUUAUCUUGUAAAUCAAAGUUAGAUGUAAAAGUUUGUAGCGCCAUUAUAACCUAAAUUUUCCCAUAUCCACUAGAUGUGGAUUAUCUCAGUAGCGAUAUAUUUUUUUUUAUUUAAGUAAACAAUUGGAUCUUUAAAGCAGCUGAACCCUGACAAGUCCUUAACUCCCGGGGUCUGAAGGUGUCCCCCCUUCUAGGACGGAGCGUGCAGCUUGCUAACUAGGUGGCGCACUGUUAUUUAGUGUUCUGUGCUGUGUAGUUCAGGAGUAUAAACUGAGCAAGCAGCUGCUUGUGAGGUGUUCUUCAACACUUAGAACAAAGUCGAUUCUGUGUGGGGUUGGAGGCUAGAUAGUUCUACAAGUUUUUAGUCACAUUUUCCAUGUCAGUUAAAUCUAGGGAGGUUAAAGGCUACUGGAAAAAUUAGUCUCAUUCCUACAAGAAACUUAGAGAACGAGGGAGGAAAGGAGGUAUGAGAAUCCAGGAGGUACCUCGGGGUUGCAGGAGUGAUUGUAAAAUAGCAGACCUGUUCUUUUGACGUCUAAGAGUUAGUUCGGCAAUCUUGUGGUCUGAAAUACGGAGGCAGAUUCUCAGAGAUUUAUUUUCUUCCUAAUCUUUGCUGGUGAAAAAAGAAGCUACUAGAAAGAAAGGAAGAAAAAUAAACUUGAUUUGGUGACUGCAGGAAGCAACACAUUGCUGAUUUUAUUCUACAGUUAAUGAUUUAUGAGGAAUCCAAGAUGAAUUUGGAGCAGGAGAGGCCGUUUGUCUGCAGUGCCCCAGGCUGCUCCCAGCGCUUCCCGACAGAGGACCAUCUGAUGAUUCAUAGGCACAAGCAUGAAAUGACAUUGAAGUUUCCCUCAAUAAAAACAGACAAUAUGUUAUCAGAUCAGACUCCGACUCCAACGAGAUUCCUGAAAAAUUGUGAGGAAGUGGGCCUCUUCAACGAGCUGGACUGUUCCCUGGAGCACGAGUUCAGGAAGGCCCAAGAGGAGGAGAGCAGCAAGCGGAAUGUCUCGAUGCAUAAUACAGUUGGUGGAGCCAUGACCGGGCCUGGAGCUCACCAGCUUGGCGGCUCCCGGAUGCCCAACCAUGACACCAGCGUUGUGAUUCAGCAGGCCAUGCCGUCUCCCCAGUCCAGCUCCGUCAUCACACAGGCCCCUUCCACCAACCGCCAGAUCGGGCCUGUUCCAGGCUCUCUAUCUUCUCUGCUACACCUCCACAAUAGACAGAGACAGCCCAUGCCAGCCUCCAUGCCCGGGACCCUGCCUAACCCCACAAUGCCGGGCUCUUCUGCCGUCUUGAUGCCAAUGGAGAGACAAAUGUCAGUGAACUCCAACAUCAUGGGGAUGCAAGGUCCAAAUCUCAAUAACCCCUGUGCUUCUCCCCAAGUCCAGCCAAUGCAUUCAGAAGCCAAAAUGAGGUUGAAGGCCGCGUUGACUCACCACCCUGCUGCCAUGUCAAAUGGGAAUAUGAACACCAUGGGACACAUGAUGGAAAUGAUGGGCUCCCGGCAGGACCAGACGCCACACCAUCACAUGCACUCGCACCCGCAUCAGCACCAGACACUGCCACCUCAUCACCCCUACCCGCACCAGCACCAGCACCCAGCACACCAUCCUCAUCCUCAACCCCACCACCAGCAGAACCACCCGCAUCAUCACUCCCAUUCCCACCUUCAUGCACACCCAGCGCAUCACCAGACCUCGCCACACCCACCCCUGCACACCGGCAACCAAGCACAGGUAUCACCAGCAACACAGCAGAUGCAGCCAACCCAGACGAUACAGCCGCCCCAGCCCACAGGGGGGCGCCGGCGGAGGGUGGUGGAUGAGGAUCCCGACGAGAGGCGGCGGAAAUUUCUGGAACGGAACCGAGCAGCUGCCACCCGCUGCCGACAGAAGAGGAAGGUCUGGGUGAUGUCACUGGAAAAGAAAGCAGAAGAACUCACUCAGACAAACAUGCAGCUUCAGAAUGAAGUGUCCAUGUUGAAAAAUGAAGUGGCACAACUGAAACAGUUGUUGUUAACGCAUAAAGACUGCCCAAUAACAGCCAUGCAGAAAGAAUCACAAGGAUAUCUAAGUCCAGAGAGCAGCCCUCCUGCAAGCCCUGUCCCAGCUUGCUCCCAGCAGCAAGUCAUCCAGCAUAACACCAUCACUACUUCCUCGUCUGUCAGCGAGGUGGUAGGAAGCUCCACCCUCAGUCAGCUCACCACUCACAGAACAGACCUGAAUCCGAUUCUUUAAAAUCCACGGGUCAGACCUUGCCUCCUAGAAGAGCUGUAGCAUACCGUCUACGUCCUUUCUUUUAAGGGCAUUUUGUAGAAUUAACUCCGACCUGGAAGACUCCUCAGCCCUUCAAAGACUGGCUUUCAUUUUUAUAGUUAUUAUGGAAAUGUUGUCUUUUUUACUUAGUUAUAUAAGAAAAAAAGGGAGUUAUGCAAUUAAUACCUGUCAGCUUGGGAAAUGCUUUGGUGCUUUUCUCCAAUUUUCUGGUACCGGUUACUUGUUUAUAAACGAACUCUUUCUGUAUAUAGUCAUGGUUUCAUUCUUACCAGUCCAACCCUUUGCCUGAAACAGCGAAUCUUGUUAAAUUGCAGCUUUUAGCCAAAAUGAGGCAAACCUAAAUGUCAAGUAAGACCCACCCAAGGUGACUGGGUGGGAAGUCCGAUGACAUCAUAACAUGUGUUGAGUUUGGGCAGUUACAUCACCAGUGUCUCAGAUAAACACAGAGCCUUUUCCAGAAUUUUUUUUCUUCUACUAUAAAAAUUUUGUUAGACCCAUUGAUGUUCAAAUCAAACCACCAAGCAUCUCACCACCUCUCCUCCUCCUUUUUGUCCACGUGCUCGAAUACCCAAUUUCCCCCUCCAUUUCUACUUUUUCUUGGGCUCACUAUUUGCUCUUCAUUUUGACUGUCUUCUUUUACUUUUUUUUUUUUUUUUUCCUUUAGCAUUGCAUGUAAAGAAGAAAAUAAUGUUUAAAGAAAAAAAAGAAAAAAACUUCUCAAAACCGUGGACCUAGCCAUUGCUUUCCUUGCCCGUAACACACAACUGGGGUUCAUUCAACUCUUACUUUUCACAAAACAGAAACCAGGAGAUGUUUACUGUGCCAGAUUUAAUAUUUUCUAUAAUCAGAGCAAAUAAAAGGUGGUGUAGCUGCAGGUGAAGCGCUGUUGAAUGCCAGCUGUGAGAAACAAAGGACAGGAGCUUUGUAAGCCUCAGUUGUGAAAGUCCACAUUGCGAUUCGGGACUUAUAACAUCAUACCCUUGAAUUACAACUGAUUUUCUAUGGCUUGUUUAUAAUGUUGAAAAUCCAUGGACUAUCUAAUAAUUCAGAAGGGCUCUACUCACUACACAAAUUAUUUGUUCCAUCAUCAGCUGCUAAUAGCCUGGAUUUAUUAUUAUUAUUUUCUUAAGCCUAUCGAACCAGCUUUGCUGUUCUGGUGGGUGAAAGUAGACUAACUACUGGGGCAACAAAGAAAGAAAGAAAACCUGGUUUUUCCAGCCUUCCCAUGACCAGUCAAGCACCAUUUGGCUGCUGAAGGAAUCCCACGGGCGGGCGCAGGCUACUCUUCUCUUCUAAGUAAUUCUAAUGUAUUUUUUCAACAACGUACAUGGACUUGCCCAUUGUAGAAAGCAGAUAGUCCCCAAACCACAGUUGUGCCUCCUUGGAACAAGCCAUUCUACAGUGCUGAUGAAUAUCGCAUCUCACUAAUAACACAGGCUAAUGUUGAACGCUCUAGAAAUCUAGACGGGUGGUGGUGUUUCAUCUCAUUUGAAUGCUUGAUUGUCUCACGUGUGUGUGUUUGUGUGUGUGUGUGUGUGUGUGUGUGUGUGUCUCCAUGGGUUUUUAAAGAACAGUAUUUUACAAAAGGUGUAGUAGCUUUUAUAAGAGUUCAGAAGAAGGAAGGAUGUGUUUUGUUUUUUGUUUUUCUCUCCCUAUAGUGUAAGAAUCUAUUUUGGAGGGAAAUAAAAGCAAGUAUGAGGGUCAUGAAGCAUGAUUUUUAUAACUAGCUCCAGUUUGUCUAAUAACUUACUUUUUAAAUCAGUAUUUAUCAGCAGUCUUUCCAUGUAUCCAGUGCUUUCAAAAGAAGUGGCCAGUGAAGCUCAUGACUUAGAUAUAUGGUCUAAGAAUCAAAGCAAAAACAAAAAAAGAGGGGAAAAAAAAAGAAAAUAAAAAAAUAUAAAUGAAAAGGAUUUUCUAUUAUAUUUUAAGCAAACAUAUUUUCAAGUAUU